UUCUGUUUGGAACAUCUUUUGAUAUGACCACAUGACAAGGAUCAAGAAGCAAGAAGCAAGAAGCAUAUUUGCUUUGGUCUUUGGUUACUCUAACAAGAUAAGAAAGUGAUGCAACCGCCUCAUAGUACUCAGAUAAAUCCUCCACCACAUGUGAAGCAUGUGGUGAAAUGUGAAAAAGCCAGAAAAAAAUGUAAUACAGAUGAAUCUUAUAUUUAUAUGAGACCCAUACUUCUAAUAAAAAUUUCAUAGAUCGCCACAGCAACUAGGAGACCGAAGUAUUCCGCUGAACACAGAGGUGAGGAGACUGCUUCUUAGUUUUUUUGUUGUUUUGCAGGUUUUGAAGAAUGGAGGUAAAGCCGGGCAGGAGAAGAGUACUGUUGGUUCCAGUUCCAGCUCAAGGACAUAUAUCUCCAAUGAUGCAACUUGCCAAAACUCUUCACUCGAAGGGUUUCUCAAUCACAGUGGCUCAGACCAAGUUUAAUUACUUUAUCCCUUCAGAUGAUUUUUCUGAUUUUCAGUUUGUCACCAUUCCAGAAAGCCUACCAGAGACUGAUUUCGAGAAUCUCAGGCCGGUACUCUUUCUUCUCAAGCUCAACAAAGAGUGUCAAGCGAGCUUCAAGGACUGUUUGAGUCACUUGUUGCUGCAACACAGUAGCGACAUCUCAUGUGUCAUCAUCUACGAUGAGUUCAUGUACUUUGCCAAAGCUGUAGCCAAGGAGUUUAAGCUUCCAAACGUUAUUUUCAGCACCACGAACGCAACGACUUUUUUUUGCCGCGCUGUCUUCGAGAAGCUCGAUGCAAACAAUGUCUUGUCUCCCCUGAAAGAUUCUGAAGGAAAAGAAAAUGAGCUAGUACCGGGGCUUCAUCCUUUGAGAUACAAAGACCUACCGACAUCAAAGUUUGCACCAUUAGAAAAGACACUUGAGCUGUACAGGUCUACAGUUGACAAACAGGCAGCUUCCUGUGUGAUAAUCAACACGGCGAGCUGUCUAGAGAACUCGUCUCUGUGUUGUCUGCAACAGCAGCUUGAUAUUCCAGUAUAUCCUAUAGGCCCUCUACACAUGGUGUCUUCAGCUCCCACGAGUCUGCUCGAAGAGAACAAGAGCUGCAUCGAAUGGUUGGACGAGCAAAAGAGAAACUCCGUUAUAUUCGUGAGCUUGGGAAGCUUAGCUUUGAUGGAAACAAACGAGGUGAUGGAAAUGGCUUCGGGGUUAGACAGCAGCAAACAACACUUCUUGUGGGUGAUUAAGCCAGGGUCGAUACGCGGUUCGGAGUGGAUAGAGUUUUUGCCUGAGGAGUUCAGUGAGAUGGUUUCGGGCCGAGGUUACGUGGUGAAAUGGGCACCACAGAAGGAAGUGCUUGCUCAUCAUGGGGUGGGAGGGUUUUGGAGCCACUGUGGAUGGAACUCGACGCUAGAGAGCAUUGGGGAAGGAGUUCCGGUGAUCUGCAGGCCGUCUUCUAGUGAUCAAAAGGUGAAUGCGGGGUACUUGGAUUGUGUUUGGAGGAUAGGGAUUCAAGUGGAAGGUGAGGUAGAGAGAAGAGCGGUGGAGAGAGCUGUGAAGAGGGUGAUGGUGGGUGAAGAAGGAGAGGAGAUGAGGAAGAGAGCCAUGUGUUUGAAGGAGAGACUGAGAGCCUCUGUUGGAGAGGGAGGCUCUUCACAUAAGUCGCUCCAUGAGUUUGUACACUUCAUCAAGUCUCUGUGAAGCAGAUUACAAAUAAGUCUUUGUAAUU